GUUGCAGGAGUCUUUGCAAUGGAUGAUGGAGCAGAGUCUCUGAUGACUGUGCAUCUCCUCACCCAUUUGGGACACUCAUUUCCUCUGCAGCAAACUCUGGAUCGGCUUUUGGAGUGGCUCUGCCUGGACAUUCGCCUUUUCCUGGUGUCUGAGCGAACUCCUCCACCGAAAUACUAUGAGAGAUACCGCAAGAGGAGCUGCAGCUUUCCUGGAAUAUCCGUCGUCCUUUUUCUGCACGAGGACUUGGGAGAAGAACGGAUUUUCCAGGUGCACGAGCAAUUCCAGCGCCCUCCCUGGCGGUACCAGCGUGCCCAGUUUGCUAAUGGGCAAAGCCCCCGCUAUGCCCCAUCCCACCAGGACUUCUACGGGCUGGAUGAGCAGCUGCCCGUGUGGGGCAUCAGGCGGGUGCACCGCGGCCCCGAAAUCCUGCGCGUCACCCUCUACUGCAGCUUCGAUAACUACGAGGAUGCGGUGAGGCUCUACGAGAUGAUCCUGCAGCAGGAAGCCACCCUGCAGAAAAGCACUUUCUGUGUCUUCGUGCUGCACGCCACCCCACACGUGGCCGUGCAGCUGUGCCUGAGGCAGCUGCCCAUCGGCGUGGCGGCCGAGCCCAGGGACUCGUCAGCAUUGCAGUUCAAGGUGCAAGAAAUCGGGCAGCUGGUGCCCCUCCUGCCCAACCCCUGCGUUCCUAUCAGCAGCACCAGGUGGCAAACGCAGGACUAUGAAGGAAAUACAAUUCUGCUCAAGGUUCAAAGCAGCUCCAGGACCCUCGAAACAAACACCGGCCUUUCCCAGCAGCAUAAUAACACAGGCAGUGGAAAAAUCCCGCAGGACUCUAUGGCAGCCCCUCUCCCUGUAAAACAGGGUAAUCCUGGGCGGAGAAGCCCGGCGGUCAGAGCUCCGAAGGGCAGAACAGAACCGGACCGCAGCGAGGCCCUCGGCAGUGAGCUCCCGAGGCACCGGCGCUGUGCUGGCGGUGCCGCCGCCGCCCGGCCGUGCUGGGCCGCGCCGCCGCUCCGCAGGCGGGAGGCCGGGAGGCCGCAGGCUCCAUUCCCGGAGAGCCGCCGGCACCGGGAGACCAACGUGGACACCGGGCUGGCCCCGGGCAAUGCCGAGAGCGGCGGCUGCUGGCUGAGCCCCUUCCCCAGGGCCCUGCGGAGCGGCCUCCUGCCGCUGCCAGCCGCCGGGGCCGGGCCCGCCCGGGCCGGGGCGCGGCUGCUGCGAGCCGCGGGCACCGCCAGCAAAGCGGCGGAGCACGGAGCUGCGGGCUGCAGCCCGCCAACACCGCGGGCCUGCCCCGCACACCCAGCCGAGGACGAGGAGGAGGAGGAGUUCUUUAUAUGA